AUGUCAACUUCACGCCUUGAUCGUCAAGGUUCACCAGUGGGCAGUCGGCACUUUGGUAGAGCUCUCAGCCAGGUAUAUCGCAGACAAAUGGAAUGUGGUUGUAGACAAACUCGGUCAUCGGGAUCAGAUCCUAGGCACAGAGUGGUCCCUUCAUCAAGUGGUAGCAGACAAACUUUUCCAGGUUUGGGGGAGAUCCAUGCUGGACCUUUUUGCUACCUGGUUGAACAAGAAACUGGAGAUAUUCUGUUCAGUGGUUCCAGAUCCUUUAGCGUUAGUGGAGGACGCAUUCCAACAUCCCUGGGACAACCUGGAGGUGUAUACCUUCCCUCCUUUUUGUUUGAUCCGUCAAGUUCUGAACAGGCUGGUGAAUUCACAGGGUCUCAGGAUGACUUUGGUAGCCCCUCCGUGGCCUCAGGUGGAAUGGUUUCCAGAUCUACUGUCAUUGUUGUCGGAGAUUCCGAGGGAAAUUCCCCCUUGGCGGCCUCUCCUGGUGUCAGUCACAUGCAGAAGAAAGGUUCCACCAAUGCAACUGAGACUGCCUUUGCUUUUGGCAAACAUUUUGAGGAAGAAAUAUCAUUUCAUAACCAUGUGUACUGCAUAAGCCUUGUGGAACAGUCUGGGAAGGAGAAAGUUAUUGCCGAUGCCUACCUCAACAAUAUCUUAACCUUUGAUUCUGAAAACCUUACUUUUGUAACUUUUGAUUUCCAUGAAUACUGCCGAGGAAUGCGUUAUGAACAUGUGUCUUUCCUAAUUGAAGGUUUAGAAGAUAUUAUAUCCAAGAUGCUGUACUGCUGGGUUGACAAAGAAGGGACGAUAUGUCGUCAGAAUGGUAUUUUUCGUGUCAAUUGCAUUGACUGCCUUGAUCGUACUAAUGUUGUACAGACAGCCAUUGCAAAGUCAGUCCUUGAAAAUCAAUUUGUGAAGCUUGGUAUGAUACCUCCGGAACAUCCUCUCCCUCCAGCAUGUCGCUCAAUCCUGCAGAUCAUGUGGGCCAAUAACGGUGACACGAUUAGCAAGCAGUAUGCAGGGACCUCUGCUCUGAAGGGUGAUUUCACAAGAACUGGUGAAAGAAGAUUUGCAGGGAUGAUGAAGGAUGGGAUGAACUCUGCCAAUAGAUACUAUAGGAACCAUUUCCGUGACACUUAUCGUCAAGUAGCUAUAGACACAAUGCUUCUGGGAUGUCAACUCUCUGACGAUCAGUGGCAAGAGAUAGACUAUAUUGAAACUUUGCUCAAUGUCGCAAGUGCCUUAAUGCCCAUUGGUCCUCCUACUUACAUGGCUGAGAUUGCGCCUGGCAACGAGAAAUACUUAGCAAGUGCCCUAUACUCAUUGUCCAGGUACUACAUGAACAGAUUUAAAGAUGCAUAUCGACAGGCUUCAAUUGAUCAUAUCUUAGGUAAUCCCAUCAAUGAAGAUAUGAUCACCUUUAAUCCUGAGCUUGCUGGUGAAGAGGAAGAAUCCUCCAUGACUCCAGAACAUGUCAAGCAUGUGAUCGAUGAUUGUAAAAAGCUGCUGGUGCCAGAUGCAGAAACUAUUUUAGGGGCAUGGGGGCUCAUUGAUGCUGAUCCUGUAACUGGUGAUCCAGACCAAACUGACAUGGAUAUCAUUCUGGUCUUGACAAGGGAUUCAUAUUAUGUUGCUCAGUAUGAUGAGGAAUUGGACCAGAUUCUACAUUACGAACGAGUGUCUUUAAUUGACCUGGAAAAAAUUGAGAUGGGUCCAUACAGUUGUCAGGGUGUAUUUAAGCAGUCCAAAACCCAUCAGUGUAUUCGUUUUAACUACCUUGUGGAUGGACAGAGUGGUUUCUUACAGAUGUUCCGUUCCAUGAACAUUCGUUUCUUCAAUAACAUGGCUGUUACCAUCAAAUCAGAAGAAGAAAUGAUAGAGUCUGUGAAGGCUAUUGCUGAGACUUUUGAAGUAGCUGUUCAGAUGAUUGGUUGUGAAGUCCAGCUUGUAACCGGGAAGCUUGAGAAAAAGAGAAGUCGUGGUCGGAGCCAACUUGCCAAUUUUCUCAAUCCCCUCUCAUCACUUACAAAGAGCUCUCCUGACACACUCAAAAAUGCUGGAACUCGGGCUUUCAGCAAUGUAACAUCUGGUUUGGCAAAGCUGAAUCCAAUGUCUAGCUUACGUUUCAAACGUCCCACUUCUGUGCAGAAUCACCAAAAAAUUUCACAGUUUUACCUUCAGAAGCCGCGUGUGUCAGUGCAAGAUGACACUGACCUUGUUUUGCCAUUGAAUGGGGUGGAAACUUACUUGUCUUCAUGUGGAGUUCUUGCCUCAAGCCUCUCUCCAUCUCUUACUCCUCCUCGAUAUCCUUCACCACCUGUUGCACGUUGCUACAGUGACUCAGCUAUUUUAAAUUCUAGGAGUAAUUUAAGAGGAUGCACUGGAGGAAUUGGCAAUCAUCGUUCCCCAACUCCUGAAAUACUGGUAAGUGAAAUUGCAGAGAAUUCCAAGACACCAUCACUUACCCCUACCUUUGGAGGUUUGUCUCCAUCACUCUUGAUGCAAAGGGUGAGGAAGAUAUCUCACUCAUCUGAUGAGGUGGAUGUUCGUGACGAGAGAGAUGGGUCAGGGAGUAGUGUGGUAAGAGCUUCCUCAGCUACUGAUCUUCAGUUACACCUUCCCUCCAGUCAUUCUGAAGGCCAUAUUGGGGGUUCAUCCAUUCCAACAGGAAGAACUGGACAGAGUGGUGAUCAGUCAAAUCCUUUGUCCCCUUUGUCAGCCUUGAAUAAGGAAGCAGUGCUUGCCCCAUUUUCUGUAUUAGCUCGGGGAGUACAGAGCCUUGCACCCAAUGCUGGCCGGCUAGCAAGAGGCAUGCAGAGUAUCGGUGCCAACUUAGAUCCAAGGAGACUUCGUAAUCAGAGAAGGCAGCUUGAAGAGGAUCCAAUUAUAAAAGAACGUGAGGCCAAUUGUAAAACCAAAAUUAUUCACAUCUAAAGGGACAAUAAUUUUUUCCUCUUAUACGUGGAAAGUUAUAUUUUUUAUUUAUUUGUUCUAUCACAUUCUGUCCCAUAUACUGUACAGCAAAGUGACUGUGGGGAUAAUGACAAAUUGUACAGCUACAGAAAUCUGUGUGAUUUUUAGAAAAUAUGCCAAAGUACAGACUGUUCUUUUAGCAUCUAUUUAUUUUAACUUAUUUAUUGCAUAUUUAUUAGUAGUUUCAUAACUACAAUGAACAAAGGUUUUGUCCGUGUUAUACACAAAUACUGUAGAAAUAAAUUGUAUAGUUUAGUGCAUGAAAUGCACAAAAAUGUUUCAUGAUGUACAUAUUUAUACUACUACCUUACAAAGAAUGUAAUUAGAGUUUUCAGUUUUAGUAAAGUAUGAUGUUAAUUUUCAUAUUUGAUCAUGUGAUCAUCCAGUCACAACUAGAACACAUUCUUUAUUUGAAUUUUUGUCCAAGAUCCCAAAGUUUUUACAGUUUUUGAUUAUCAUGUCAGUUUUUCUUCUAUUACUGAUUCUUUAUUCUUUCUCCAUAAAAAAUAGUGUUACAGUUCAUCCAAGUAAAGCUUUUCAAGCUGGCAUCUAAUUUUUAUAGGUUUAUGUCUCUGGUAUAUUGUGAAGGAUUCACAGGGUAAAAUUUUGCCAAAGGAAUUUUAUUACUUUACUGUAUAUUAGUUUUUCCUCAAGUGUCAGUAGUGAGACAGGUUUUGGUUACUCAUUAUUUGUCGUCAGAUAGCUUGAUCUAUAGUUUGAUCAAGGUAUUUGGCAGAUAGCUUGAUUAAGGUAUUUGAUAAUUAUAAAAUUUCACCAAAAACUGUAAGCAGAGCAUACAUGAGACCGUUCGAGUAAAGUAGUGCAGUGGAAUGAUCUUGUCUUGUUCAUUAUCUUUGUCAAGCAUAGGAAGCGAACAGUCCUCUAGUUGUAGGUUUGCAAAGAAUGUAUGUUUACCCAGAGAACACUUCAGCAUCAAGUCCAAAUAACUGCAUAAAAAUCAAAUGCAAGCAUGAAUUAGAUGUGGAAUCAUAUUAAGAUUAAAAAGUAGUUGUAAUUGUUACAUAGGGUAUGGCACAUAGUCAUUAUUGUUGCAACAGUAUUGUACUUGAUAACUGAUAAGAAAUGACGAGCAUUUGUGUAUCUUUAUAAUUGAUAUUUUUGUUGUAGGCCUUCUCUUCUCAUUAUUUCUAGAAUGGUUUUUGUUAGGUAGUUAAGAUAUUUACACAAAUAUUUAAUGCAUUUACUAAUACUGUGAGUUUCAAGUCAGAGGUUUUGUACUGUUUAGAAGGGGGGUAAACUAUAGUAUAGUGGUUCAUUUCAACUUCUCAGAGAAGUUACUUUAUUUCAGACAUUAGGUAGUUGAUUGCCUGCAUCAAUGGACGUUUUUUAACUCCUUAAAGAGAUUUAUUCCUUCAAUUUUUUAAAGAGGUGAAAGUCUGUAUUAAAAGAGAAAUGAAAUCCUUACACAUAUAACUGGUUGGAAUCAAGAUUGGUAGGGAAAUUUUACUCUUACUCUUUUCAUGGUGCUAGAAAUAAUUCAGGGCUUCGGUUACAAAAGAAAUACAAAAUAUCCCAUUUCAACAACUAUAUAUUUUGACGGGCGGUAAAUUAUGAUCCCACUUCCAACAACUGACAACACUUUAUUCCACCUCCAAGGAGAUAUAAAUUGCAGCUGUCUGGGCUGUAUGUAAAGAAUUGAAUCACUUUACCUACUGCAUCAGCUCUUAAAGAUAAUGUAGUAUAUUUUAAUAGUGAGUUAUUUAAGUUUCCUAAAAUUAUUGUCUUUUUAGACUUGGCACCCUCCAUCUUGGUUAAUUUCUUAUUGUACAGAUUUACUAUAUGUUUUAUUGAUAAUGCAUUAAGUCUACAGAACUUGAAGAGUGGUUUUUUUUGGCAUCAAUUCAGAGCAUACAUACAUCAUUAAUUACUGUAAGUCCCUUAUAAAGUACAAAUCUCUUAUUUUAGAUAUGUAGUACUGCCAGGUAUUGGGCUGUGUUAGCUGAGAACUGAGUUGGAUAUUCAUCCGAAGUGAUUAUUCCUCACAAGAGAGAGCUGCUUUUCUCAUAAGAUCUGUGUCGUUGCUGUGUCAGUUAUCCUGUAAUGCAGACAUGGAAGCUAGCUCUGAAAUUUGUUUCCCUUCAUCUCUUCAGUUUUUCACCUGUUUAGACUAUGAAAAGCCACUUGACUGAAAGCAAAGUAAAAUAUUGCCAAGCUCUUAAGCAAUUGACAACAAUUGAAUCAAUUGUGUAAUUGUAUGCUACUUGCGACUUGUGGACCUAUUGUUUCCUUGCACUCCCAUGAUUCUUAGGUGGUAGGGAAUGCAAGAUGAUGAUGAUCUUAAUUUUUUCUAAGUCUUGUUUCCAUACAGUAUUUCCUUUAAAAGAGGAGAUUUUGAAGGAUUUCACAGCCAUAAUAUGUAAUAGAGCAAAAGAUGAGCUUUUGCAUCUCCUUCACCCACUUUUGCCAGCUACCACAAGAUGAUUUUGUUUUGUAAGGAAGAGGUUCAUGUAGCUGCCAUUGCAGGUGACACACAUGCCCCUACAUUAUGAUGUAAAGAAUCAUAAUGACAUUAAUUAACCUAGAGUGGGAUUUUGUUUCACCAAGGGGGCUGAAAACUGAAAUGCUCAUUUAGGACAUAUGAGGUCCACUAAGGCAUUACUACAAAGGGUCAUAUCAGCCCAUGGUAACAGGUACAGUUUCCCAAAACGCUGUCAUUCUGUAACAUCCCAAUACGUACAUCAGCCCUUAUAAAUUUGGCUCUCUUGUACAGGGUAACUAUUUAAUUAAUUACCAUGAAACAGUUAAAGGCACAGGUUCCAAAAACUUAUCAGUUUGCUGUAAAAGAGAGAACUUCAUGCUGUGAAAAUGGCUCACAUUCCUUAGACAUGAUAUUUCAUCUAAUUCCAAAUGUUUUCAAUUGAAUAGAUAUACCUUGAUAACCGGAUUCUUAUCAUUACCACCCUGACAAGAGCAUUGACUUGCAGUGCUAACAUAAAGAGUAUUGGUUUGUAGUACUAACAUAAAAUGGAAGCCUUGAUGUGGAGAAUCUCUCAUCAAUACAGGAAGCAUUGAGAAAGUAGAAGAUAAAUGAGAGCAGCAUGGAGAUAUAAAUAACACAAGAACCUAGAGAAAUGUAAGGAUGAUUCACACACACAGGAAUGUCUCUCCAUGCAGAGAAACAUCAGAAAACCCCCAUAUCCCUUAAGAUCACUGUGAUACAGUAAACUGAGGGACAGAUCUAAACAUGUUGAAUACCAGUUUGACCAGAAAAAAGCUCCUUGCAAAACUGGCUCCCUCAAUAUACUAGAUACAUGGGAGGAUUGUUCAGUGUGUAUUCCAGGCAAUAGAUUUUGAGUUUUUUGUAUCUCACACUAAAUGAAUUAUUAUUUAUGUGUUUUGUAAUGCCUGCUGAUUUGUAAAGUGAAGCCAUGGCAGGCAAUACACGAAAUCCAGUUAUGCAUCAGACACACACCCAGUUGUAUCGAGUAUAAGCCAACAUAUGCUGUAUGUUAUUGUUGAUGCCAAAGAUGACAGUGCAACAGGGGUAAUUUCUCAUUGGGUGAGUAACCAGAAAGACUUCUGGAUCUCCUCAAGUCCAUAUUCAAUUUCCCUGUCCAUGUAUGCCUAUAAGCAGAACAAGGGUUAUAGAUGUUGGUGAUUGCACUCUCAAUCAGAUAUUUUGAUUCAGUUGUUGGAUGAGCAGAUAUUAUAUGGUAUACAUAUCAAGUUGAGGAGUUGUGUAGUUAAAUAAGUGAUGUUUCAACCAAGCAAGUACCACAUCUAGUAACCAUUUGGUAUGUGUCUAAAUGAUGUUUGUAUGUACUAUACAUAAACUUAUUAUCCUGGAAUAAAAAACCCUUCUUUCAUUUUUAAAACAAAUUUAAAUACAGCACUGUAUACUAUGUUGAGGUUUGAAAUGUAAAAUCUGACCCUCCAGAUUGAACUUAUGCUAAUUAUUUAUACAAUACUGAAUAUUAUAUAAUUUUUAAUCAAUUGACAAAUUUAGGACUUCUUCAAUCCUGAAAGGUAAGAGGAGGAGACUGGAUCUUCCCCCGUUAGUACUUAGAAAAAGUCUUGCAAAUACUUUUAUGUCGCUCCCUUAAUCCAUUCUAUCCUGGAGGUUUUCUUGCAUAUCAAGAAGUUCCCAAAGUGGCUGGUGUGGAACCACUUUAGUUCUAAUUACAUACCAGACACUGUAUCUAGUUGGGUUACUAAAUGUGAAUGGAUACCUUUAGUCAGUUUUAUUUUUACCUUCAAAUAUCUGAGUGUUUCUACCAACUGGCCUUGUAAUCAUAAUUUUUUUUUUUAGUACAGGUUCAGUCAUCUUAACUUCUGAUAUCUCGUGUGUCUUAAGUGAUGAUAUUUGUUUGAAUGUUCUUGUAUGUACUGCCUGUAAUCUUCCUGUCCCAAAUUGUGCAUUGUAGUACAUAGUGUCUUUUCUUAGUGAAGUUAGGACAUUCAAUGAUUUUUCAUCUUAUGUUUUUUUUUUUUUUUUUUUUUUAUAUUACAAAGGUUCAGGUGUGUGGAUGUGAUAGAAAGGUAGGGGUGUGCAAAUUAACAUUGUUUCUCAUUUGAUUUUGAAGGGCACUGGCAUCUAUCUGGAAAAAUGACUGAAACUAUUUCAGACCCAGGUCUUGAGCUAUGUUAACAUUUUUUGGGUUCAUUUGCUAAACAAAUGUAUUGUCACUAAUUGACAAAAUUAUUAAUCUAAUUAUUUAAAUAAAAUACUACAUGUAAGCUAUUCAGUUUCUCAGUUUUAGAGGAUGGUCCAAAUAGAAGACUGGAUCUGCCCUUGAUAGUACUUAAGAUUUAUUUAGCAACAGGUAAUCUCUAGACUUGCUAGUGGGUUAUAUUCUUGAUCAUCUAACAUAAGAUGGCAAUCUAGGUAUUCAUUACCAAAAAGCAACCGAAAAUGACAAAAUGCAAUUCUAAGUAUGGCAGUUUAAGAACGAUUAUGUUUUGGUGGAGAGGCAAGCCUUGAUCCUCCAUCAGUAUCAAAGCUGCAAAGCAGGGUGCAGUAAGCCGAAAAUCACCUUAACCCAAAUCAUCAUAAUUAUGAUGGUAAUAAAUAGCAAUAGUGCUGUAAGUUCAAGUUACAACCCUGUAAAGCAGGUAUCCUUUGUAAACAAAAUCAUUAAAAUUACAUUAUCCCAGUUAUGAAACAUAUCAGUUCCUUAUAUUCAAAAUAUAUGACAGAGUUACAAGUGCCCCAGUAAUAGUAAAUUUAGGACUUUAUUACACUAUCUUUGUCCUGACUCAGAUGUUAAAUGUGAGGCAAAUAGUUGUGUCUUUUAGUGGUAACAUGUAUUAUACCCUAGAAAUACUUUUGUCUUACUGCUGCAUUUUGUUUAGUUUCUACAUUUUCUUUUCAAUGCAUCUUCUAUUACAUCAGGUUCUCAAACUUUUUUGGUUGUAGAAUCUUUUUUUAACUCAACCCCCAGAGCAUAUACAAAACGAAAACUGGUAACAUCAUUACCAGUAGAUAUAGUUUCACACUAAAAUUCAUAAUACGUAGAGGUGUAGGGCAGAAAAAACAGGGCCAGGAUACUUGGCCUGGCUUUACUGUAACCUAGGUUAUGAUAGUACCUUUGGCCAAGCUAAAAUGUAUUUAAAUGUUACAGGACCAGUGUUUAUGAAUAGUAAUAAUAUGGCUGUCAUUUAUUUCUUUAAAAUAAUAAUAGAGUAAAUGAGUAAACAGAGUGUAAAUCAGUUUACUCAUGUGGAUUUUUGUAACAAUUUGUUUCACCAGACAGCAUGUAAAACAAAGAUAAAUUGGAAUUGUGUAGAAAUUGUAUUUUUUUGUUUUAUUUUUGUAUUUGUUUUAUAUCAGCUUUUGAUAUGAAAAGUUAAGUAGAUCCCAUUUAUCAACACCCUUUUCUAACAUUAGGAAAGCAUAAGUUUACCAAUUCUUUUAGAUUUUCCAGCCAACCAUUUUGAAGCCCUGGCACUCAAAAUUUAUCCACUACACAUUCACCUGUUUACCUUAUAUUACAUAUUGCUUUUAAACUAGGGACAGUAUUUAAUAUUUUUGCACUUCAUUGUAUUUCUCAUUUUCUCAGCAUUACUUCAUUGAUUUUAUAUUACAGUGAUGUGUUAUGGCAAUUUAUUUUUUUGUGCAAUCUAAAUUAGGUGAUUUACAGCCAGCUUAUUUGUUUAGUGUGUCAUUUUAUUAUUAUUCUAGUUCAAUCCUUCACCCUCUCAUAUUCAUAUUGUAGUUGUAUGCUUGAUUUGCCAAUGGAUGACUCAAAUUUUCAGCUAAUGCUGCCCUGUACCUGCGGUUUAGUAUUAGUGAUUUAAGAGGUCUGUAUUUAUGGAACAUAUGAUUAUAUAGAAUUUAGUACUGUAUGCACUGUAUUGUAUGGUCUUCAUCAGCACAUGGAUGACUAGACAACUGUACUCUGCUUUAGAAGGUUUUAGCAUUGUGCUUUUGUAAUAGGAUAAAAAUACCUACUUAAAAAAAAUUAAAGCCUUUACAAGUUUUUAUGGGAUCUGUUUAAGGCAGAAGUAACACUUCCAGACAGCAUGGGGAAAGGAAACAUCAUAAUUAAUCAUGUAUCUUUUGUGUUAAUGUAAUUAAUGUGUAUUUGUACUGGAAAACACUGUCUUGGGUAAAUGCAAUACUUCAAAGUGUUUUAUCUUAUCUUUGUAUUUAUAUAAAUGAAAAUGAUUUAUUAUGCCAGGUGGAAAGAGAUCAUCCUUAGUAGAAGUAAAACCCCAUUUUGCAUCAACUAAUCAUUAACUCGGUUGGAAGGAGUUGGUCUCAGAAGACAGGUGCCUUUGCAUUCAUAACAUGUUUCAAGAUUUUGUUUUUUGCAUCCUGUUGAGCUGUGCAUUUUAAUAAUUUUGUCAAGUUCAUAGGCUAUGAUCCUUGCAAUGUAAGUUAUACCCUAAAGAAUUUUUAGGUUGCCUCUGUGUCUAGACUGAUAUCAUUUGAAGGUAAUUCAGUCAUGUGUGAAUCUUGCUCAAACCUACCUUGAGCUUUUUUGUCUAUAUUCUUCCAUGCAUUUUUCUUGAAACAAUCCUUUUGUAUUAAAGGUUAUUGGCCAAUCUGUCAGCUCUCAGAUCUGAAAUACCAAGCUAGUGGGACUUAACCACUUGAUUGCUGGGAGAUCCUACAGAGGGGUUUGACGAUACAACUGACUUAGAAUUGUCAUCUGAAUCACAGAGCUGUUGUAUGCGUCAAUCUCCUUUCCACCAAAGUAGAUUUUCAUUUACCUGAGACAGUGUUUUGUUUUAUUUAGUGAAAUUUUUGUUCAUACAAGCUUAGAAUGUUGUCCCACCUUACUGCUUGAUGGUCAUGGAGCAAAAUAUCAUCCCAGUUAGGGUAUGUGAGGGAUUAAGUGCUUUAUGCUAACCUAGGGAAAUUUAGUAACACCAAGGCUGAUAUGACCACUUCUAAAUUAUUGAUAUGUUUUAUCACUAGAUCUGAUUUUUUUUUUCUCUCAGGAUUAAUUCCUGAAAACCAGCCCGAGAAGAGCCUUUGUUAGGCUCAGAGGUCUGGAUAAACUAAUCCUAUAUAAUAAUAAUUUACCACUAAAUUAUUAUGUUUUUGUGGUCAAAACCAGGAACAAGCCUAAUGGUCUCUUAAGACCAUGGUGUGCAUGUACAAAGCACUAUAUUUUUGGAGAAAGUGCUCAUGAAUAUCUGUCAUACUCUAUUUCCAUUGCAUUAUUACUAUUUAUGCUUGGGGUGUCUUAUUGAUAUUACUACAAUAGUAGACAGUGAGAUUGAAUUAACAAUGAAAUAUGUUUAUAAAGGGCCUAGACUUCAUCAUCCCUCUAUGAAUAGGCUCUCACCUGGAGGAUGUUUUGGUUUGAAGACAUAACUAAGGUAAUUGAUGAAGAGUGCAUUAAGGAUAUACUCUUCUGUUUUUGCAGACAUACUGCAAAUGAUGUCUUUGUCUUUAUGUAAAUGAUAUUGUACUCAUGAGAAUAUAUACUGCUUAGUAUAUGAUUUGGAAUAUACUGACUACAAUUUCCUUCUUGACAAUUUUAAGCCACAUUCCUUCAUUCCUGAUCUCAUAUAGUAAAAUUUAUUAUAUUUCACCUACCUAAUGUUAAUAUUAUUUAUGCAGUGAGCAGUAGUUAUGUAGUAACUUACACAGAAUUUCAUUUAUUAUAGACAAAGGUGAUUUCAGAAAGGUUACGGUCUGACCCGCGAACAAUUAUUUUCAAGGAGGGGCUGAGAGAGUCUUUGAUCAUUGUUAUUUAGCCAAGUAGUUUGGUUUAUAUAGUAGGUAUCUAAAUCUAGGUGAAUAUUUUGAUAUUAAGUAAUUUUGGAUUCCUGCAAAGCAUCUUAUGGCAGCUAGUUUGUGCAAGGCUUUAUGCAGACGAUGAUUGAAUCUUCAGUUUAACUGCACCAUCCAUAAGACAUUAAUGCAUUGUUUGUAUUAUUUAUAUUCUCAUUAGAAUUGCCAUUAAAAUUUCCACUUUUUACUUUUUGUUAGCAUUUGAGCUACAUAUAUAGUAGUAUUGUUAACCUAGUUGUUGUUCAGUCAUUUUUAUUUUUAUCAUUAGUUUUUCUUACCUACUGAUAAAUGUUUUUGUAUAUUUUAUGUCCAAAAUAAAUACAGUUCUUCCUGAUAACUUA